UACGUUUGUUUCUGACGCACCGGUCCGGGCUGCCGUGCCUUCAGUAAUGUUAAUGUGUUUGUAAAGAAAACGUUUGUGUGUUUUCGGCUUUUUCAACUUUCGAAGAUCUUUACAAACCUGACUGGCUCAAGUUUUCUGCCUGUUGUUUUUCAUUCUUCGUUCAGUUUUUAUGGCACCACCUAAAAAGAACACCUUACCUAAACCCCUCCCUGAAGGCUUCAUACUGACCGACACUGAGAAGAAGAAAUGGAGGCUUGGAAAAAUUACUGGUCAGGGUGGCUUUGGACUCAUUUAUCUUGCUUCCCAGGAUGUAGACAGACCCGUUACAGAGGACUCGAACUUCGUCAUAAAAGUUGAGUACCAGGAGAACGGGCCGCUGUUCUCAGAGCUGAAGUUCUAUCAGCGGGCAGCCAAAGCAGAAAGCGUGCAAAAAUGGAAACAAGCCAAGAAACUGGACUUUCUUGGAAUCCCCACAUACUGGGGGUCAGGACUGGCAGAGUACAAAGAUCUCAGGUAUCGCUUCAUGGCCAUGGAUCGUCUGGGCACUGACCUUCAGAAAAUCUGUGACCACAAUGGAGGACAUCUGAAGAAGACCACUGUGCUUCAGUUAGGUCAAAGACUGGUGGACGUCCUCGAGUACAUUCAUGAAAACGAAUAUGUUCAUGCAGACAUUAAACCUGCUAACCUCAUGUUGGGUUACAAAGACUCUGAACAGGUGUACCUGGCAGACUAUGGCCUCUCCUACAGGUACUGUCCUGAUGGAGUCCACAAAGAAUACAAGGAAAACCCUAAAAAGGGUCACAACGGGACCAUCGAGUACACCAGCCUUGAUGCCCACAAAGGACUGGCACCAUCGAGACGUGGUGACCUCCAGAUACUAGGCUUCUGCCUUCUUCACUGGUUAUGUGGGUCUCUGCCCUGGGAUGGUGUUCUCAGACACCCCACUCAGGUUCAGGAGGCCAAGGCCAGAUUGAUGGAUAAUCUGCCGGACUCUGUUCAGUCUGCGAGCGGAGCCAGCACAGGCGAGGUGGCCUCAUUUCUUCUUUAUGUGAGAACUCUGGACUACCAAGAUAAACCAGACUACCAGUUUCUCAAAGAGCUGCUGAGCUGCGGCGUCAGAGGAAGACUGGACUUCUCUGUUCCUGAUGGAGCUGCAGGGUCGCCCACUAAGAGCCCCCCCAUCAGGGCAAAGAAGGCAGGAGCAGCCAGAGGAGGGACUAAAGCCAAGCUGAGGCCUGCAGAGGUGGACGACGUGGACUCUGACAGGAGAAAAACCAAACCAGUGCAAGCUCGCUACAUCAGAGGUCCACCCAUCACCAAACCUCCAUCACAGCCGGAUGAGGUUUUCCCUGCAGUCAGACGAUCACUGAGGCUGAGCUCUGCACCAGCGUCUGAAGAGGACGACAGCAAGGAGGAAAAGGAGGAAGUCCGACCUCGACCUGUUCCAGCCUGCUAUCUGAGGGGUCCUCCCAUCAGCCAAGACGCUCUGUCCAAACAGGUGUGAGUCCAGAAGAUUCCGUCGGGUUCUUUUUCUCAACUCCAAGCAUUUUGUUCUACACUUGGUCUGGUUGUGAAGAUGAAAAUAUACACAUUCAAACCGUUUCUUUUUGUUCAUAUCGUGAGUUUUAUAAGAAGCACACAUUAAAUUUUAACAGAGAACUAGACCCAUAAGGACUGGCAGGACAACAGAAGAGAAGACUGUGACCUGCAGGAUCCAGGAGUCCCAACCUGACCCACACAGGAGACAACAAGCAUGGACCCAGAGCAACGGGCAAACAUACACAAAGACCAGAGGGGGUCUGGAUGAUGGACCACUUCCUGUCAGAGCAGACCACAGUCAGAACGGUUGGCUGCACAGAGCUGGUUCUGGCGGUUCUGGUCCUGACAAUCUGAGACAGGAAGCGGUACAGGGGUCCUGUUUAGUCUACAUGUGGGUCUUUCUUGUUCUGUUGGCUGGUUUUGAGUUUGCCAAAUUGUUUUUAAACCCAUUUAAAUAAAGUUUGUGAGUUAUCA